AUGUCAGCGAACUACUGGACGUCUUCACAGCGUAACAAGUGGCAGUUCUCACGUCAGGAAUUGCGAGAUGCUAGGUCAUCAGUCACAAAAAUGGAGAUCCAACUUUACGGAAAUGAGUGCACCAUGAAGUACGACAUAAACAUGAGGAUAUAUCUACAUCAGCUAAUUAUCAAACUUGGCAGGAAAUUGAAUUUACGUCAGGUCAUUCUCUCCACAGCUGAAGUGUAUCUUACUAGAUUCUUUGUGAGAGUCUCUAUUCGGGAAAUCAACAUCUAUCUUCUGGUGACGACAUGUAUAUACAUAGCAUGCAAGAUGGAGGAAAGUCCACAACAUAUUAGAACGAUCUUAUCUGAAGCUCGAAAUUGUUGGCCUGAGUUCAUUCCAAAUGAUUUGACUAAACUUGCGGAAUUUGAGUUUUAUCUUAUAGAAGAACUAAACUGCUACAUGGUUGUUCAUCAUCCGUACAAUUCUAUCCUUGAAGUGGUCAACGUGCUAAAAGAUGGUGACAUAGCCUCCCGAUUGGAAGUUUCUCCCGAAGAAUUGCAGACUUGUUGGUCAAUUAUGAACGACAGUUACAUUACUGAUCUACAUUUGCUUUUUCCACCACAUAUAAUAGCAACAGGAACUUUGUAUCUAACUUUGGUCCUUGGUGCCGAUGUUCGCAAAUCAGUCAAUAAUAUCUCCGCAACUCAGAAUCCGCGCAUCGAAGCAUUUGUCAAUUUCCUUGCAGCUUCCAAUAUUGAUUUGGAUGAGGUGAUAGAAACGAUACAGGAGCUACUCACACUGUAUGAUGCCUGGAACUCCUAUGACGAAAUGUAUGUCAAGAAUGGCUUGCACCAGAUGUUAUUAAGCAUGAACAGAUAA